UGAGGGGUGGAGCGAGGCUCUCUUGAGGUGACCCCCGUAGACCUUUGGCCCCAGCUUUGCGCUCCUCCCUUCUCCCCAAAGAAAAGUGAACUGAGACUGCUGAAGGGGAUGCUGGUUCUGAAGAAAACUGGGGGGAUUGGAGGCAGGGGGAUAGGCUUUCAGAGAGGCCAACCCUCCCUAGGUGUUACUCAGAGAAAGGAAGACAUCUCCCAACCCCCACCCUGAGAGGACCUGUUUCUGACCGUGCCCAGUAGUCACCCUGACAGGGACCCAUCCUUCAGCCUUCCCAGAGCUUGUGGGAAGGAGUCAUGUCAUCUGCCAAAAGUACCGCCAUUGGCAUCGACCUGGGCACCACCUACUCCUGUGUGGGGGUGUUCCAGCAUGGCAAGGUAGAGAUCAUUGCUAAUGACCAGGGCAACCGCACCACUCCCAGCUAUGUGGCCUUCACAGACACAGAGAGACUCAUUGGGGAUGCAGCCAAAAACCAGGUGGCUUUGAAUCCCCAGAACACAGUCUUUGAUGCCAAACGUCUGAUUGGCCGCAAAUUUGGAGAUUCAGUGGUGCAAUCCGACAUGAAGCACUGGCCCUUCCAGGUGAUAAAUGAUGGGGGCAAACCUAAAGUUCAGGUGUCCUACAAAGGUGAGAACAAGGCCUUCUACCCUGAAGAGAUCUCCUCCAUGGUGCUGACCAAGAUGAAGGAGACUGCUGAGGCUUAUUUGGGCUACUCAGUCACCAAUGCUGUCAUCACUGUCCCAGCCUAUUUUAAUGACUCUCAACGCCAGGCCACCAAGGAUGCUGGGGUGAUUGCUGGCCUCAAUGUGCUGAGAAUCAUCAAUGAGCCUACAGCAGCUGCCAUUGCUUAUGGCCUGGACCGGUCUGGUAAAGGUGAGAGACAUGUCCUGAUCUUUGACUUGGGUGGGGGCACUUUUGAUGUCUCCAUUCUCACCAUUGAUGAUGGGAUUUUUGAGGUGAAAGCCACUGCUGGAGACACCCACCUGGGUGGGGAGGACUUUGACAACCGAAUGGUGAACCAUUUUGUUGAGGAAUUCAAGCGAAAACAUAAGAAAGAUACCAGCCAGAACAAGCGUGCUGUGAGAAGACUUCGAACAGCCUGUGAGAGAGCUAAGAGAACCCUGUCUUCCAGCACCCAAGCCAAUCUUGAGAUUGACUCCUUAUUUGAAGGCAUUGACUUCUAUACAUCCAUUACCCGUGCUAGAUUUGAAGAACUGUGCGCAGAUCUGUUCCGGGGCACCCUGGAGCCUGUAGAGAAAGCCCUGCGAGAUGCCAAGAUGGACAAGGCUCAGAUCCAUGACAUUGUCCUUGUGGGUGGCUCUACUCGAAUCCCCAAGGUGCAGAAACUGCUGCAAGAUUUCUUCAAUGGCAGAGACCUGAACAAGAGUAUCAACCCUGAUGAGGCUGUGGCCUAUGGAGCAGCAGUGCAGGCAGCCAUUCUGAUGGGUGACAAAUCAGAGAAAGUGCAGGACCUGUUGCUGCUGGAUGUGGCACCACUUUCCUUGGGGCUGGAGACAGCAGGAGGUGUGAUGACAGCACUGAUCAAACGCAACUCCACCAUCCCCACCAAGCAGACCCAGAUCUUCACCACCUAUUCUGACAACCAGCCAGGUGUCCUGAUCCAGGUAUAUGAGGGAGAACGGGCCAUGACCAAGGACAACAACCUCCUGGGUCGUUUUGACCUGAGUGGCAUCCCUCCUGCUCCCCGUGGUGUCCCCCAGAUUGAGGUGACCUUUGACAUUGAUGCUAAUGGAAUUCUGAAUGUCACAGCUGUGGAUAAGAGCACAGGCAAAGCCAACAAGAUCACCAUCACUAAUGAUAAAGGGCGCCUGAGCAAGGAAGAAGUGGAAAGAAUGGUACAAGAGGCAGAGAAGUAUAAAGCUGAAGAUGAGGCCCAAAGGGAGAAAGUUUCUGCCAAGAAUGCUCUGGAAUCUUAUGCCUUCAACAUGAAGAAUGCAGUGAGUGAGGAAAGCUUGAAGGGAAAGAUCAGUGAAGAGGACAAGAAAAAAGUGCUAGAUAAAUGCCAAGAGGUCCUUUCCUGGCUGGAGUCCAAUCAGCUAGCUGAGAAGGAUGAGUAUGAGCAUAAGAGGAAAGAAUUGGAGCAGGUGUGUAACCCUAUCAUCACCAAGCUCUACGAGGGAUGUGGAGGAGGCAUGGGGGGCACUUGUGGGUAUGUUCCUCCAAAAGGACCCCCUUCUGGCCCCACUAUUGAGGAAGUAGAUUAAUAGCCUCCUCCAUGUGGGAUUAGAGAACCCUGAGAAGCCCCUAGCCCACAUCUUGCCUCUUGCCCCCUUCCCCAGUACCAGUUGUGCUUUCUGAAUUAACUAUACUUGUAUCUCAAUUCCCCUUGACCAUCCUAGAAGGAUUUUGAUGAUUACUUUUCCAUUUCCACAUUUCACAAUCCUGUUUUUGGACAUUGGAAUAGUACUCUUAGAAUAUCAAGGCCCUUGUUGGACUAGUUAGGUAAAUUUAAAUUUCUGUUUAUUUUUAAUCUAGUCCUGGAUUUUCUUUUCCAUCCAGGGAGGUUGAGUUGUUUAUUACUCAAUAAAUUCAUGCUUAAAGAA